AUGUUUUCCCAACGAACAAGUGCGCGAAAGCCAGCAGAUGAGCUGCUGGCGACCUUCAGGCAUCAAUUCCCUGAAGUAGCUGCCGCCACAUCUUCCGGGCCCGCAGCGCCUGCCCGAACCGCAACCACCGGUCAAGCUGGCAUUGCCGUCACGGCCGCAGAAAGAGCCCAAAGCCUAGGCCAUGACCCUUUCCGUGAUCAGGACCCAACUCCCCGGGCCACGAACGAGCAGUGGAGGUUCACCCCGUCUGCCCUAGACGCCAGCCAGUUUACCUUCUCGCAAUUCGGCGCCGGCCAUCAUGGUGGCUUAUAUACCCCUACUCCGGGUGGAACCAACACCAUCUACCACCCCACGGCCGGAGAUCUCCAUACUCCGACGCUCGGCCUAGGAAUGGGCUUGGGUACGCCGCUGUCGAUGCCCACCGCCGACGGAUCUCUGCAUCACGGGCCAGCGCAUAUGGAAUUGGGUGGAUUCCACCAUGGCUUUCCCCAGUUUCCCCAUUAUAACGCCUUUAUUCAAGCCGCGCCAGCCCAGCCGUCCUAUGCACCCUCGAUUUUGAUUCACCAAGACUCGGGCUUCGAAACAAUGGAUCAGGACGACUCACCCAUCAACUCCGAUCUGACUGAUGAAAGGAUGGGCAGCAUCGAUGGCAGCUUCCGCCAACAAUCUCCAAUGGUGGGCUUCCAAAGGCAAUUCGGCAUGGGGCCCAUUUCCAUGCAGCUACCGCCAUCAGCCGAGAGAUUCCGUUUUCACACGACACUCAACGCACCGACGGCCAUGAUCAAAUCCUCGGACGAAAUCCCCGUGACCUAUCUUAAUAAGGGCCAGGCCUACUCUCUGGCUAUCGUCGAUACCGCGGCCCAGGGACCCAUCAUCCCCGGGACUCGGUAUCGUACAUUCGUCAGGGUGUCUUUUGAAGAAGAGCAGCAGCGCCAGAAGCCCGGUAUGUGCUGGAGCUUGUGGAAAGAGGGUCGCGGCACCAAUGAAGCACACCAAAGAGGAGGAAAGUUGCAAGCCGUUGAAUUUGUCGAGGCUAGCCAGCCAGCAGAGGGUGACGAUAAAAGGACGCGUAUCGAACUGGAGAGGGCUUCGUUUGACGGGUUCUCGGUCAUCUGGACCCCCGGCGUCAACGGUUCCCUCGAUUGCAAUAUCGCCGUCCGCUUCAACUUCCUUUCCACUGACUUCAGCCACUCCAAGGGUGUCAAAGGCAUUCCCGUAAGACUCUGCGCAAAGACGCAACCGUAUCUCCUAAAUUCCCCCCAGUCACCAAACACCAACGACGGAGCCGAGGUUUGCUACUGCAAAGUCAAGUUGUUCCGCGAUCACGGUGCUGAGCGCAAGCUGGCUAACGACGUUGCGCAUGUACGAAAGACUGUUGAGAAACUUAAGCAACAAAUCCAGCAAGCCGAGAGCGGCAUCAAGGACUUCGGCAAGAGGAAGAGACCGGGGGUGGCGCAGAUGAAGAGUCAGAGCAGCCACCGCCCUGGAAAAAUCCAAAAACACAAGCGGACAUGGUCCAUGUCAUCUGCUAGUUCCGCUGGAGGCGGCCCUCGUGUACAGGCCGAAGAGGACCUGAACGUAAAGCUACAAAGCUACCAGGAUAUGUUCAACAGCACCCGCCCUAUCAGUGUCCUAUACCUCCGUGGUGAGGAGCUUGACGACCCCGACCUGCAUCCCGUGGUUCUUCCUGGGGACCAGUCUCAGUCCCUCGACCUUACCAAGAUGGAGUCCAAAGAAGACAUUGCUUGGCGCAGUGAGCGGAGCUCUGUUGCUGGAUCUUCUCUUGUCUCGCCAUCUCUAAGCUCGAUCUCGGUUGCUUCGCAGAUGUCCGUCAGCGGAUCAAAGCCAAACUGGGGGCCGGAACUUCACAGACUCAACUCGGGCGAUGCUUCUAGGGGACUGUCCGGCCAGCCAAUCAAAGUCAAACAGAUCACGGAUGAUGCUGGGAACAUGUCGGGCUGGUUAGAGUCCUUAGAUGUCGACGCGGGUUACCGUCCUCCCCCAGAAAGGGCGACCAAGCCCGUAGCCUGUUUCUACAUCGCUCUUGUAGAUCCUGGUAACCCGCAAGGCCAGGAAACGUAUCGCGCGGUCUACCUCAUGCAACGGAGCUUGCAUGACUUUGUCGUGCGUAUUUCGCAGAAAUGGAACCUGGACCCGAGCAGCAUCAUCCGUACCACUCACGUUCUCCCGCGCGGCAUUGAAGUAGCAAUGGACGAUGACGUUAUUCAGGAGCUCCCAGAAGGCCAAGAUAUGAAGCUCGAGAUCCACGAAGUCAAUGGAAACAACUCUGGUGUCAAGCGUGAGUGGGAGAUGGCCGUCGAUGGCCCUGAAGCCGAGCUAGCAUCACCAGCAACCACCAACAACAGCCUGCAGACAGCAUACGAGUUGCGACUAUUGUACUAA